ACCAGCUGGGUGCGAGCCGGGGCGCUGCAGCAGGCGGGGCGCCCGGCGGGCGGGGAUCGGGAAGGCCGCGAGGCCCGGCCGAGUCGAGGUUCCGAGUCUGCGUGUCCCAGGCCCGGCCCGAGACGAGCAAUCAGAGGCUCAGAGAGGUGAAGUGACCACCCCAAGGCUGCACAGAUAGUAAGUGACUGAGACGAAUAGGAGACUGGAAGUGUCUGGUUUCAAGUCGGUGCCAAGCAGCGUAGCGAGUAGCACGGGCUGCACUUGAGUCGUUCAGAACCACAGAAAAGAGAAGGGCCCUGCCUUCGUGUCAGCAGCUCUACCCUGCAGGUCACUGGAGCCGCCAGCCGUUAGCAACUGAACUACUGCAGAAGGGGAAGUGGACGGUGAGGCCCAGGCCCCGUGGGGGCCGAUGGCCGGCAGAUGGCUGCGUCCGUGCCCGGUGCAGGGUUUGCUCUGUGUGCCGCUGCUGGUGGAGACGGUGUCUGGGGCCAGGGGCCUGUCCACAGGGGCCCACGUUAGCCCCCAGUUCCCAGCCUUAGGUGUGCACCAGACCCCCGUAGAAGACGGUGGAGGGGUGGUUUUUGGCUUUACGACUCGACUGCCCUUCGGCAGGGCCUGCACCUGCCAGUCCACCGCGGUUCUCAGCGGCCUCUGCGGUUUUCGACGUCUGUAUGCUGUGCCAGGCCCCCGAGGCUGUCGCGACGUGUGUGCCCGGAAUGCCUCUGACCGCUGUAACUUCAUCCGGACCAACCCCGACUGCCGCAGCGAAGGGGGCUACUUGGACUACCUGGAAGGCAUCUUCUGCCACUUCCCUCCCGCCCUCCUCCCUCUGGCUGUCACCCUCUACGUUUUCUGGCUGUUUUACCUGUUUCUGAUCCUGGCAGUCACCGCGGAGAAGUUUUUCUGCCCCAACUUGUCGGCCAUUUCCACCACCCUCAAGCUGUCCCACAACGUGGCAGGUGUCACCUUCCUGGCCUUCGGGAAUGGCGCACCCGAUAUCUUCAGUGCCCUGGUGGCUUUCUCGGACCCACGCACAGCCGGCCUGGCCCUCGGGGCGCUGUUUGGCGCGGGCGUGCUGGUGACCACGGUGGUGGCUGGAGGCAUCGCCAUCCUGCACCCCUUCACGGCCGCGUCCAGGCCCUUCCUCAGGGACAUCAUUUUCUACAUGGUGGCCGUGUUCCUGACCUUCACCAUGCUCUUCCGUGGCAGGGUCACGCUGCCGUGGGCCCUGGGUUACCUGGGCCUGUACGUGUUCUAUGUGCUCACUGUGAUUCUCUGCACCUGGAUCUACCGACGACAACGGAGACGGUCCCUGGCCUACUCAGUGCCGGUGACUCCGGAGGUCCUCUCGGAUUCCGAGGAGGACGGAGCGUCCUCUAAUACCAACAGCUACGACUACGGGGAUGAAUACCGGCCGCUGUUGUACCGGGAGACCACGGCCGUGAUCCUGGCCCGCGCCCUCAACCCCCUGGAUCUCAGGCAGUGGAGAAGCAAGUCCGCGUACUGGAGAGCCCUCAAGGUGUUCAAGCUGCCCGUGGAGUUCCUGCUGCUCCUCACCGUCCCCGUCGUGGACCCGGACAGGGACGAUCGGAACUGGAAACGGCCCCUCAACUGUCUACACCUGGUCAUCAGCCCCCUGGUCCUCGUCCUGACCCUGCAGUCGGGGGUCUAUGGCGUCUACGAGAUCGGCGGUCUCUUUCCCGUCUGGGCCGUGGUGGUGAUCACAGGCACAGCCUUGGCUUCCGUGACCUUCUUUGCCACAUCCAACCGCAGGCCCCCCAGGCUUCACUGGCUCUUUGCUUUCCUGGGCUUCCUGACCAGCGCCCUGUGGAUCAACGCGGCCGCCACAGAGGUCGUGAACAUCUUGCGGUCCCUGGGCGUGGUCUUCCGGCUGAGCAACACUGUCCUGGGGCUCACACUGCUGGCGUGGGGGAACAGCAUCGGAGAUGUCUUCUCAGAUUUCACACUGGCUCGCCAGGGCUACCCGCGGAUGGCAUUCUCGGCCUGUUUUGGUGGCAUCAUCUUCAACAUCCUCGUGGGCGUGGGGCUGGGCUGCCUGCUGCAGAUCACCCGGAGCCACACGGAGGUGAAGCUGGAGCCGGACGGGCUACUGGCGUGGGUCCUGGCUGGCGCGCUGGGGCUCAGCCUGGCCUUCUCCCUGGUGGCCGUCCCCCUGCAGUGCUUCCAGCUCAGCAAGGUCUACGGCUUCUGCCUGCUCCUUUUCUACCUGAACUUCCUUGUCGUGGCCCUGCUCACUGAAUUCGGAGUGAUCCACUUGCGAAGCCUGUGACGGAGGCCGCCUGGGGGUGCGGGGUCGCUGCAGGGCAGAUGGGAGCCCCACGGCCUCCUGCGAGGGGGGGACUGGGGACCGGAGCAACUUCGGCAGAGCCCGUGCCGUGAGUGGCUCCCGCGGGUGGCUCUCGCCACUUGCUGGCCUGAAGUCGCUGCUGUGAGCAGGGAGAACUGCUCUGGGGAAGGCGGGUUGGGGAAGGGGGUGGCCGGCUGCCUUCCAGGCCGUGCUGGGACACCCUGAAGGGUCAGGGCUGGGGACACCUGCGGAGACGCAGGCUCUGCCCGUCCCCCUCACUGGGCUCCAGGCCUUCUGGCGCCACCUCCUCAGGGUGCAAGUGGCUGCCCAACCCCGACUCAGAGAAUCAGGGUGACAGGGACCCCCGGGCCUUGGGCCACCGAGGGCUGAGCUCUAGAGCUGCACCAGCUGACACAGAAUUUGAGAUAACCUAAUUUUCAACUUCUUGAAAGUUGUCAUGUUAAUAGAGCCCAAAGCAGGUGCAACUAACAGCAAUGUAUGUCACUGAACCCACUGCCCCCCAACCCCCUGCCAGCCCGUGCCACGCGGGCCGGCCCUAGACUCUCCCUCUCCCACGCUGCCCCUGGCUGUCCAGACUCUGUGCCCGGGCCCUUGGGAGUCCCCAGCUGCAAACCAGGAGUCAGUUUGUGCCCUGUGCCUACCUCGGGGGAGCCCUGGGCUGGGGCUCCCUGGUGCCUUCCUGCUGCCACGCAGUGACCCCGCCUUCGAAAUAAGCCACCCCAGUCUGCCCAGUUGCCUUACGCGGGUGAAAAGAAGGGAUUCAGCUGUCUUGUUUCCAAAUAAAAAAUGAUGAACUGUUUCACGAA